GCCCAUUGGUCGCCAAGCAGCAGCAAACCUGCUCUGCUGCAGCAGUCACAAACAACAAGUCACUGCCUAGCCUUGCUUGUUGAGAGCUGAGACUGUGACUGACCGUACGUGCCCGCCACGCGCCAUGGUCGACAUGGGGAACAAGCAGGAGGAGGAGGUCCAGGUACCAGUCCCGGAGGAGGGGAUGGCGUCGGAUGAGGAGGCGGCGCUCGUGCACAAGAUCGCCGGGCUCGCCGCUGCCAUCGCCAAGCUGCCGUCGCUGAGCCCGUCCCCCGAGGUGAACGCGCUCUUCACGGAGCUGGUGACGGCCUGCAUCCCUCCAAGCGCCGUCGACGUGGAGCGCCUCGGCCCCGAGCUGCAGGAGAUGCGCGCGCGGCUGAUCCGCCUCUGCGCCGACGCCGAGGGCCUGCUGGAGGCCCACUACUCGGACCUCCUCGCCGGCUUCGACAACCCGCUCGACCACCUGGGGCUCUUCCCCUACUUCAACAACUACAUCCUGCUGAGCGAGCUGGAGCACGGCCUGCUGGCGAGCCACGUUCCGGGGCCGGUGCCGGCGCGCGUCGCCUUCGUGGGCUCCGGCCCGCUCCCGCUGAGCUCCCUGGUGCUGGCGGCGCGCCACCUGCCGGCCGCGUCCUUCGACAACUACGACAUCUGCGGCGAGGCCAACGAGCGGGCGCGCCGCCUGGUGCGCGCCGACGCCGGGCUGGGCGCGCGCAUGGCGUUCCGCACCUCCGACGUGGCGCACGUGACGCGGGACCUGGCGUCCUACGACGUCGUCUUCCUGGCGGCGCUCGUGGGCAUGGCCGCCGAGGAGAAGGCGCGCGUGGUGGAGCACCUCGGCCGCCACAUGGCCCCCGGCGCCGCGCUCGUGGUGCGGAGCGCGCACGGCGCCCGGGGCUUCCUGUACCCGGUGGUGGACCCGGAGGAGAUCCGCCGCGGCGGCUUCGAGGUGCUGGCCGUGCACCACCCGGAGGGCGAGGUGAUCAACUCCGUCAUCAUCGCGCGCAAGCCCGUGCCCGCCGACGCGCAGGCCGGCGGCGGCGUGGCCCACGCGCACGCGCACGGCGCCGUGCUGAGCCGGCCCUGCCUCUGCUGCGAGAUGGAGGCACGGGCGCAUCAGAAGAUGGAGGAGGUGGCCCUGGAGCAGCUGCCAUCCUAAUUGCUUCAUCGAUCCAUCCUAAUAUGAUGAUGAUAUGCAUCAUCAUCAUAUUCAUAGUAUUACUAUCUAUCUAUCUAUCAUGGGGAUUACUAUGAUUUACAUCUAGCACUACUAGCCAUUAAUUAAUCUUAAUUUAUCCCCUCUAUCAUAUCUGUAUCAUCGACGGACGACAUGAUGCAUGCUAAUAAUCUGCUUGACCGCAUGCAUGUCGUUGCUAUUGAAUUGCUCUAGUAAUUUGUGUUUGCGUGAGUGAUGAAGAGUCGUCGUUAUUAGCAGUGUGAUGAUUCCUGAAUCCUGAUGAUAUAUAAUUUGUCUGACUGUCUCCGUGUUUGAUCUCA